CCAGUCAAACGUGGCUGCCGCGAGCGUAAGGAAGGAGUGGCCGUUGGGGAGAGAUCUGUCAAGUUUAGUGUGUGCACACGGUUUUUUAACCGGAGUGGGAAACAAAAAAGCCAAGUUUCAUGCGUCGGAUAUUCUCGUUUAUUCGAUAUUCUUGAAUCUGUGAUCGUACGCGUAGUUCAUUUUAUUUUUUUAAACCGUUUUUACAUUAUUAUUGCUGACUUUCGUGUGUAAGCGCGUUAAAAGAGGAAAAAUGUCGUCCUCGGGUGAUUUUGGUAACCCGUUGCGGAAAUUCAAGCUCGUCUUUCUCGGCGAACAGAGUGUCGGGAAAACCUCUCUCAUCACACGGUUUAUGUACGAUAGCUUCGACAACACGUAUCAGGCUACAAUAGGAAUAGAUUUUCUGAGCAAGACUAUGUAUCUUGAAGAUAGAACCGUAAGAUUACAAUUGUGGGACACUGCCGGGCAAGAACGUUUUCGUUCAUUGAUUCCCAGCUACAUCAGAGAUUCUACAGUCGCUGUUGUAGUUUACGACAUUACUAAUGCCAAUUCAUUUCAUCAGACAUCUAAGUGGAUAGACGACGUUCGAACAGAACGAGGUAGCGAUGUAAUAAUCAUGUUGGUUGGCAACAAAACAGACUUGAGCGAGAAGCGUCAAGUUUCGACAGAAGAUGGUGAACGGAAGGCCAAGGAACUCAAUGUUAUGUUUAUUGAGACCAGCGCCAAGGCAGGAUACAAUGUUAAACAACUAUUCAGAAGAGUCGCAGCAGCUUUGCCAGGAAUGGACUCCACCGAGAACAAGCCACCAGAAGACACUGUGGAUUUGCAGAAUCAAUCUCCAAUGCAGAACGGAUCGGAAUCGGAAGGGGAAAGUGGCUGCAUUUGCUAGGGUGCCCUUGGCUCGCGAGAAAAGAAGAUAGAAAAGCGCGAAAUGACAAAACGAAAAGAAAAAGAUCGAAAACGAAUGAAAAUAGCGAGAGAGAAAACAAGAAAAUUCGAAAACGAACUACUAAAUCGUGGCGCACUAUUUCGUGCUGGCUUUCUUCUGACGUGUGUUUUGCAUCGUAAGCCCUUUCGUCACUUCGAAACAUUAUUCAUAAGAAUCAUGCGAUUUUAUUGAGAGAAACAAAAAUAAGAGUAAUCUCUUGGCGAAUUGGUCGCAAGUGUUAAGGAAUGAGUGAUAUGGAAAAAGGAGCACGGUGAGGGGAAGAGAGGCUUCGUUGUAGAAAAUUUAACGGAACGAUAAAAACAAGAAAAAUGUUUGCUUGUAACGUUUUUGCAGCGAAACCAGCGCUAGAUCAUUCAAAUUUACGAAUUACCAUGAAUUUUUCGACUUUUCACUAGAAAAAUAUAUGCGAAUUGGAACGAUGGAGCGCAAAUCUAAAAUCGAUACAAUAAUCGUUCAGUUCAAUGUUUCCUUCGUUUAUUUAUUUUUUAUUGAGCAGAAAAUCUGAAUUUGGUAUCCAAUGGAGUGUGAUCUUUGAUAUUUAAGAUGUAAGUUUGUUGUGGAAUAUUUUGAAGACUCGCAAUUUGCUUUAUUAAAUUGUUUCAUUCGUUAAAUUGUUAAUUGUCCAAUUCGAUCGAUAAAUUGAAAAAAAUAUUCCAUUCGAAAAAAAAGAGUAAUUGUACGAAAGUACACGAUCUGUUUGUUUCGAUUUUCCACAGAAGUUUGAUAUUCUCACAUUAAAAAAAAAACGUUGUAAUAUCAAAAUGUGAUAAAAUGGCCCGAAGGUAUCGAAAAGAUUCGUUUAUUCGAGGCGAACUUUUUCAUCCCAAUGCAGAUUGCCUCGUGAAUGAUGAGCUCGAUAGAAAUGGAUAAUCGAAUGAACAAUGAAAUAAAAGAGAGUUGAUUGAUGAGCACAAAAUUUUAGGGAACUUUGGUUCGACGUUUUUUCACAUUUGGUGUAGAUUUUUCAUUGCAAGUACGACCGGUGAAUGCAACAAGUUCUCAAUGUUCGUUAUGACUCUAUAUUUUUUCAAAUCAAUUGUAAUUGGAUCAGCGGGCGAGAGGGAAAUAUUUGAAUCCCGGAAAAAGAAAUUGUGAAUGGAAGCUGAUCGAAAUGAUUGAGACACGAAAAAAAAUCGAUGAAAUUUAUCGUCGUGACGAGAGUGGCGCCCUCUGCCGUUUUAGUACAACCUUUCACCGCAAGGUCGUUCACACGCUUUUGUGUUCUAAAUCUUUAUUCUCUCUUUCUCGCUCUCUCUUUCUCUCUCCCCCUCUCUCUCGCUCUAUCGUUACCGAUACGAAAAAUCUUUGACACGUCGUUAGCAAUUAUACCUGCGUGGAAAAAUAGAAGAAAAAGGGUAGGAAGGAUGGAGAAUUUAACUGACGAGAAAAGAGCACAGAAACGUGAAAACGCUCUGAAAACGCACACCGGAAAAAACUGAGCUGAAUCGUUUGUUUCUUCGUGGAAUGAAACAGUUUGAAAAAGCAAGAAGGCUAGUUGGAAUGGACAAAAUAAUGAUCGGUAAAUGCACACACGAACGUUACGAUUUCGACGUACAUUGCUGAAAAAUAAGUAGGCUGUGUGCAUUGGACUUUCCAUGUGCGUGGGUCUGGGUGAGGGUACGCCUGUUGAUAAUCGUAAGCUUAUUGUAAUCAAACAGGCUUUCCGACUCUUUAAUUAAAUUGAUAACUCGAAGCCUGGCGAUUGAAAUGAAAAUUAAAAAAAAGGAUAAAAGAAAGAGAAAACAAAACAAUGAAGAAAAUUUGUUACGUUUAAUCAAAGAGACUGAAUGUUUUUCGUAAUUUCAUCACGCCAGUACCUAAUUAGUGAUAGAAUUAUUGUGGGAAAAGAGAAGAGAGGACGGAGGUGAAGGGAUAAAAUGAUUUUAAUCUAAAAACACUGCGAAUAAAUUGAUGUAAAGGGUGAAAACGAGUAAAUAAAUUGGCCCGAAGCACGCGUGAUAGCAACGGAAACUGCGAAAGUCCUGAGACAAAUUCGAAUUCGGAACACAAGAGAAAACUAAAAAAAAAAAAAUUGCUCCGAGAGAGAGGGAGAGAGAGAGGGAGGGGCCAAUUUUUCACAAUUCUAGAAACGAAUACUGGGCAAAAACGAAAAUAUUCGAAAUAUCGGUUUAACAAUGAGAAACAUAAAAAAACGAUAUUUCAUCAUUUAUCUUACUUUAUCAUUAUCACCGAAGCUCGCAUUUUGUGUCACCGCGUGACGAGGCUUUUUACUAUUGAGAAAAAAAACUGAGAAAAAAAGAAUAAAAAAAAAAUUAAAAAAAAAAAAAAACGAACACCAACGUGCUUACCCCAGCAGAAUCCAGCACUAUUUCUAAGCUAAACUGUCUUUCUAGUGCCCUAAUUAUUCAAAUAAAUGAUUGCAAAAAAAGAAACGUUUGUUGUAGUAACAAAAAAAAAUGGAUAAGCCAGCAAUACCGAAAUGUUACUUUUUUCCCUCGAUUUCUUUGGCCAAACGUUUCGUUCAAUUAACUUUUAUAUUUAUUUCAUCAUCACCGAAUUCCGAAUCUUAUUCUGCCUCCAAAGUGCGAAACCUCGUAGGAAUAUUGGUUUUCUUUUUCCAUUGAUCGUCUAAUUCGUGGCGAUGAUAAAAAAAAAAAAAAAAAACGAAAAUAAAAUAAUAAUGAAGAUGAAAAAAUAAAGAAAAAACAAAGACUGGUUUUCUGCAUUUUUACCGAGCGAAACAACCGUAAUAUAUCGAGACUAGGCUCUUUUUUAUCGUCAACGUCUAACGGAAAACGAUAUUAUUGUUAUGAUUAUAAUGCAAUUAAAAAAAAUAAUAAAAAUAAAAAGAAUUAGUGGGAAAAAAACUCAUUGCUUGAUCGUAUCAUAUCGUUUUUUCGUAGAUGGCGAAAAUAACAAUAAAAUAGAUUUUGCAUUUAGUGCAAAGUUGAUGAAUUAUUUUAUUUAUCGAUAGCUUCCGUGAUAUAUGCGUAUAAAUAUAUGUAGAUGAUGUUGAUUACGCUACAAAUUCAUCAUUCAAUUGUCGUUUAUUCGCAUGUGCAGAAGCAGAUGAAAUCUCUUUGAAAACAGCUAAGAUAUAAGUGGAUUCUCACGAGACCAUUGUACAUUAAUGAAGAUUUUUCAUUGGCUUGAAUUUUUUGAAAGACAGAGUGACACAACGAUGGAUAUUUACAUAAAUAUUUGUAAACGUAUACGCAAUAUUUAUGUACGUUUACAAUUUUUUCAAAUAUUGAAUGAAGGUUUUGAUUUGAUCUGUCAAAUAACAAUAUUUGGAAUAAAGCAAUUUACGAAUGUAUGUAAAUAUCAGUGGUGCAGUUAACCUUUACGAAUAUUCAUGUGGAAAUUGUCAUCGUCAACUGAAAAUUGUUUGCUUCAGCCAAGUACUUGUGAUAGCAUGAUCGUUUGAUUUUUUUAUUGUGAUAAGCGUCGUAUGUAGGUCAGGAAUAAGCUACGUAUGCAAUUACGAACGAACGACGAAGAGAAAGAGAGGGAGGGAGAGAGAGAAAAAGGAGAAAAACGAUUGGCCUUGUCGUUGGUACGAAGAAAAGUGUGAAAAGUAAAUGGUCGUGGUUGAAGCGGAGGGGAAUUUCGAAAAAGUUUUUCGUUUCUGUAUAUCGUUAAAUGUGUUUAUUCAGUUUGAAAGACUGGCAAACGAAAUGUUGUUGUUGUUGUUUUUUUUUUUUUUUUUCAUUGAAAAUUUCUUCAUUCGUCGUUACCAAUGUGCGCUCGACCUACCAUUUUACUACUGAAAUAGUGGAGCUUGAAAUGAAAUAAUAAAAAAGAUAGAAAUGUAAAAAAAAAAUAUGAAAAAAAAAGAAAAACAAACGAAUCACAGUAUCAAGAAUACGAGAAAAAAAAUGAUUAUCUACGAGAUGAAACGUUUGUUUUCACGAGUAAUGCCUUAUUGGUUUUCUCUUUCUUUUUCCUUUUCAUUCUACUUUUUCUUUUUUUUUUUAAUGAUGGCUUACACUUUCAUCGAUUUCUACGUGUAACACGCAACGCCGUACUUUUUGUGACGCAAACCGCAAUGAAAACGUAUCUGUAUAGGAUACAAUAAAGUAGAUAUUGAUGACGAUUA